GUUCAGGUAGUGUGAAGUUGGCCAUUUUGUGUAUCGUGGGGCAGCAACGAAUCUCAUGUUUAAACCAUGAAUGAAGCAUUUUUGCUUUUCAAUUUAAAAAUGCAAAUUAGUUAUGCACAAAUUAGUACUUGAGAACACAAUUGUACCGAAACUUCCACCUUCAAAGCUAUAAAUCACCCAUCUUAAACCAUAAGAAGCCAAAAAAAAGAAACAAGGGAAAGCAAAGCAUGGGAGAAGAGAAAGAGAAUGCACAAGAGAGAGUGGUUGACAUUAGUCUCAAGGAUCUCUCAAAGAAGCUUGAGGAUUUUGCCAGGGUCAGAGAUUGGGAGAAAUACCACAGUCCUAGGAAUCUACUUCUUGCUAUGGUUGGAGAAGUAGGGGAGCUAUCAGAGAUAUUCCAAUGGAGAGGAGAAGUGGACAAAGGGUUGCCAAAUUGGGAGGAAUCAGAAAAAGAACAUCUUGGGGAAGAACUUUCAGAUGUACUUUUGUACCUCAUUAGAUUGUCUGAUAUUUGUGGCAUUGAUCUUGGUGAUGCUGCUUCAAGAAAACUUGUUAAGAAUGCCAUCAAAUAUCCACCACCACCACCGCCCAAUGUUUUAUGAGUUGCUUUUACUUGGCCUGCAACUUUUUAUGAAACCACAAUUUGAUGGGUAAAUAUAUAAA